AUGAACUGUGCCAGCGUGCCUGUGUCACUAGCGCAGGCUGCAUCGGCAGUCUUGGGGUCUUCAGCCCCGUCAAGGACGGAGCAAUCACUGCACAGCAUUAAUGAGGAAGACGCCAUGUUCAUCCUUGCAGAGAUGCUAGACGCGCUCGAUACGCACGGUCUUGCUCUUUUUGUGGAGUCCUGUCGUGGAGCACCAUGUCCGCUGCCGUCACCGAGGACGUGGUCGGCAGCUCUCGCAGCACUCGCCACCAGUGCGCCGCUCAACGUUAUGGUCGCUGACGCCCUACUCGAUCGCGUGAGUGCCGCCUUGUCAGUCGAGAUCGGUGCGUAUCACUCAGCUGUCUUGUGCAGCAGUGGCCCACUCUCCGCUGAGGUGGCGCUUCCGGCACUUGAGCGACUGGACGAGGUGUACCGUCAAGUGUAUUCACAUCUGCUGCGCUGGUGCUCUACACUGCGUGCACCCGGGGUUGCUGCUCUCCUUGCCGUCCGUCUUCGAUGCGCGCUGCUUCAGACAGACUUGGUGACCGGCGAAGAACCGCCAGGGAGGCGGGCACUAUUUUCCUUCCUCCGGCGGCACGGUCAGCUCGUCCUGGCUACGCAGCGGAGGGCAACAGGUAAUGAUGGAGAUGAUAACGUGGAUGACUUAGAGCGUGAUGGGGCUUUGAAGGUGGCAGGUGACGCUAGAGAGGGCAGCCCGGCACCUGGCUCCACUUUGCCGGCGCCAGAUUCGUUGAUGGCGUGUCUGCACCGGCUAGGCCUGAACCAGUCGGCAGAGGUGAAGCAGUUAUGGAGAUCCGUCUUGGAGGACAGUAUUCGCGACCGACUUCGUGACCUCUCCGACGACUUCUCCACUCGCAUUUUGCACAAACAGCUGUCAUGGCUGGAGCACUCCGUCGUGCCUUUUGUGCGGAUGGUAUUGUCUGACAGCGACGGCGGAUCAGAUGCUUGCUGUCACAGCAGCGGCGGCUUCAGCGGGACCUCUAUGAUUCACCACGGCGGGGACGUGGGGGGGAUGUCGAGAGACCGCCAUACGGUGACGGGAUGUGAGGAGGCGGGCAGCAUGUGCGUUUCCUCCCAGACGAGUGAGGCGGUGCGAGCGGAGCGGGAGGCAUGGCGCGCUGACUUGCGACUACUGCUGCUUCACACCUACGCUCGCAGGCGCCUUGACGACUUUUGGGAAAUUCUCUCUGACUACCCCGACUCCGUUCCGGCUCUCGAGGACAUGCACUACUGCCUGCAGUCAACUCCGGAGAGCGGCUUGAAGACCGAGCUGGUGCAGACUGUGCGCCAUUUGCUCUCUUCACGCCUCCACCGCGCCGGCACACGCACCGAGGACAUUCUGGCCAUUCUAAUCAACACGAUUCACGCUUUCUGUAUAUUAUUUCCGCGAAAUGAGCAGAGUAGUGUCGUCUUCUCUGUCACUUCUGACACCCUGGAGCACCUACGACGGCGCAAGGACUGCGUGCCAGCGGUGGUGCAGGCAGUGAUGCAGCCCGGUGGCGCUAUGAAUGCGCUCCCACCACCGCCAACCCAGGCUCUCCCUGAGCGUCUUGCUGGCGGCUUGGACUUGUGUGACUACAGUGCAAGCAGCAAGGAAAGGGAGCUGCAUCGCGCUUCUCGAGACAGGCCGGACGUGUUACGCGUGCUGCUCACGUCUAUUCCCCGUCGUGCAUUAGUUGACGAGUACCGGCAGAUGCUGGCGGAGCAGCUCCUGCAGAAGCCCAUGCACGAGUUUGACACAACACCAGAGGAGGAGGUCCUCGAGCGGCUGCGGCACGUGUUUGGCGAGACAGCGCUUGAUCGGUGCGCAGUGAUGGUGCGGGACAUGCAGAUGUCUCGGCGUAUCUCACAGCAGCUGCGCGAGCAGCUGGCUGGUAGCCGCGCGGGUUGCUCGCGACGAUUGAGAGGUACUACCGCCUUCGCCACUACUGCACCUUCCGCUGCAAGCGUCUCGGUUCUUUCGAUGACAACCUGGCCACCACUUGCUCGUUGCAGCUCCACAAACGGCGGUGAUUCAGGUCCUGCUGCUGCGCCACUCAAGUAUUCUCCCCAUCCGUCGCUGCAGGCACAGAUGGAUGCCCUUGCAGAAGCGUACAAGCGGCUCAAGGACAACCAGCGACUAACCUGGUUAAUCUCACUCGGCCGAGUGGAGUUGGAACUAACGCAGAAGGACCCUUCCAAGGGGAACGCACUUACGGCGGUACCGCAGGUGCUCUCUCUGUUUGAUGCUUCGAUCGUCUUGCACGUGAAAGAUAUGACAGACCGUGGUGGAGUCUGCACCCCUGUGUCUCUAAAGGAUGUGGCGAGCGUAAUGGAGGUACAGCUGGAGGAGCUCCGCGCGCAUGCGCAGCGACUUUCCCCAGCGGUGCUGGUGUUUCUGCCAGCGACGGACCUGGUCUCCAUGCAGCUCAGCGUGGCCACUUCUGCCGACUUUGUCUUCAUAGAGGACAGAGGAACUGACGAGGAAGCCGGGAAGUCGACAGGGCUGUCCCCCGAGCGCGUGAAGCUGAUGGAGCGGAUGGUGACGUCGCUGCUCAAGACGCGUGGAGCUCAGUCGAUCACAGCGAUCCACAGUAGUCUCAAGUUGUUGGGCAAGUUUGAAGGGUCAAUCGACAAUGUGGUGGAGCUGCUGCGGUCGUUCGUGGGUCGGGGAUUGAUUGUACUCAACGAUGCGAGACAGUACGCCCUUCCACCCAAGUAA